CGGGGCCGUGGGCGGGGGAGCGGCGGGCGGCCAAUUGCGGUGCCCCGGGGAGCGGCUCCGGCGGCACCGCCCGCGCUCGCAGAGGAGGAUGGAGGCAGAGGGCCGGGUACCGGGGCCGCCGCUCCCCCCGCCCUCCCCCGGCGGCAGGGGAGGGGCCGGGGCCGAGCCCCCCGCGGGUGCCCCCGGCGCGGCACGGGGGCCGCUACUCGCCGCCGCCGACGUGCUGGCGUUGGACGACGAGGAGGACGACCUGGAGGUGUUCAGCAAGGAUACAUCACUGACUGAGGUAAACUCAUUCAGUCCUUCAGUGCCAAUAUCCCCCUCAUCAAUGAUAAACCAGUAUAAAUUUGAGGAUGAACCAGAAUUAAGAGAUCUCUUCAUUACAGUCGAUGAUCCUGAAAGCCACAUUACAGCCAUUGAAACAUUUAUUACCUACAGAGUAGUCACAAAGACUUCUCGUGGUGAAUUUGACUCUAGUGAAUAUGAAGUUCGAAGACGAUAUCAGGAUUUCCUUUGGUUGAAGAGCAAACUUGAAGAAGCACAUCCGACACUGAUUAUUCCUCCAUUGCCUGAAAAAUUCAUAAUGAAAGGAAUGGUGGAACGAUUUAGUGAUGAAUUCAUUGAGACUCGAAGAAAAGCUUUACAUAAAUUUUUGAACCGUAUUGCUGAUCAUCCAACUUUAACUUUUAAUGAAGACUUCAAAAUUUUUCUUACUGCACAGGCCUGGGAACUUUCCUCGCACAAGAAGCAGGGUCCCGGUUUGCUGAGCAGGAUGGGACAGACCGUCAGAGCUGUAGCAUCCUCAGUAAGAGGAGGAGUUAAAAAUCGUCCUGAAAUAUUUACAGAAAUGAACGAUUAUGUGGAAAUAUUUAGUCAGAAAAUAAAUGUUCUAGACAAAAUAGCUCAUAGAAUUUACAAGGAAGAAAGGGAGUAUUUUAAUGAAAUGAAGGAAUAUGGCCCUAUCCACACACUCUGGUCAGCAUCGGAAGAAGAUAUAGCAGACUCCCUGAAAGGUGUUGCCAGCUGCAUCAACAAGUGUUGCAAGGCCACGGAGAAGCGAAUGGCAGGGCUCUCGGAAAACCUGCUGCCGAUUUUACAUGAAUAUGUUCUCUACAGUGACAUUCUAAUGGGUGUUUUGAAAAGGAGGGACCAAAUUCAAGGCGAGCUUGACUGCCGAGUUGAUGCUUUAGCCAAUAAAAAGACAGAAAAGGACCUGUUCUCAGAAGAGAUUGGGAAACUUGAAGACAAAGUCGAAUGUGCCAAUAAUGCUCUGAAAGCAGAUUGGGACAGGUGGAAGCAAAACAUGCAGUGUGACAUGAGAUCAACGUUCACUAAUGUGGCUGAGAAUAAUCUCCAUUAUUAUGAAGAGUGCCUUGCUACGUGGGAGUCCUUCCUAGCAUCUCAAACAGUGGAUCUUCACGUGGAAGAAGAUUCUUAAGAGAGGCCUUGAGUAAUAUCUCUGCUUGAUCUCUGCCUUUUCCAUGAAGUGUCUCCCAACCAAAGAAGUGCUUUAUAUGACAUCAGAUACAUUAUUAAAUUUAACCGUUAAAACUCAAUGAAAUACAGGAAACCAGCUUAUUUAAAACUCAGGUAUUCUAGUCCUGAAAUACAUUUUGGAACAUGCCAUAUAUUGCUUUAUAUUGCUUAGCUGUGAUUUUACAUAUUUUUAUGCAAGUGUUUGCAUACAAUUGUUUUCAUAAAUAUUGCGUAAUUUGGAUAUAAACUAUUUUAAAUAUGUAAAAAUAGCUCCAUUUUAAUAAAAAGUUUAAUAAGGAAAGCUUA